AUGGGCGCGAUGCUGUCACGGAAACGGGCCGCGCCCGACCGCGAGGGCUCCUCCUCGCCGGUCCGAAAGAGCACGCGGACCUCGGCGACGCAGCAGUCCGCCUCCACGGUCGCCCAGGAGGCCGAGGCGGCGGACGCGCCGUGGAUGCUCGUCGGCCUGGGCAACCCGGGCCCGAAGUACGCCGGCACGCGGCACAACAUCGGGUUCGACGCGAUCGACACGCUCGCCGAGGCGCACGGCCUGGCGUGGGAGAAGAAGCUCGAAAGCAACGCGCAGGUGGCGCGCGGGGCCAUCCACGGGCGGCCCGUCCUGCUCGUGAAGCCGAUGACGUUCAUGAACGUGUCGGGGGAGUCCGUCAAGCCGCUGUCGAAGCGGCACGGGAUCCCGCUGAGCAACGUGCUGGUCGUGUACGACGACCUCGAUCUGCCCGCGGCGAAGGUGCGCGUGCGCGAGAAGGGCGGCCACGGGGGACACAACGGCAUGCGGUCCAUCAUCGGGCACUUCGGGGGCUCGCACGACUUCCCGCGCGUGAAGAUCGGGAUCGGGCGGCCGGAGGCGGGGAUGUCGGUGCCGGAGUGGGUCCUGGGGCGGUUUUUCCCCGAGGAGCAGUCGGACAUGGAGGAGGCGGUGCUCGAGGCCGUGGCUGCCAUGGAGUCCAUCGUCGGUCUCGGCGCCAACAAGGCUGCGUCAGGCCAGCGUCUGACCGGCCGUGGAUAA